AUGUCGGAAAUCAUCGAUUGCCCACCCAACUUUUCGUGGAAGAAGUACGAUCUCGAAUUUGGCAAUUCCACAGUCAGUCUCUGGUGCCCACAAACUGACGACUUCGACAAAUACGGUCUGGGCGACUGGAGACGGAGAGGCGGUAUCGAUAAGGCAGAGUUCGAGAACUUCAAAGCUUUCCAAGAAUGGAAAAAGACGAUGCAGGUGAAUCUUGCGCGACAGGAGAGAGACGAGACACAUCCACACCACAAGCGCCCCUACUCUCUGAGAAGUAUCCACGUCAAAGCCAUCACACGGUUUCCCCAUGGCAAAGUGGGCUUUGUCAAGAUGGAGGCCUGGAUUCAGCGGGAUCCGACUGCAGAGCAGGCAAAUCAAGCUCCAGAUCCCAAGGCGUUUCCGGUCGACUACAGUAACACGCUCUACGAGACCAUCUUCCUCCGGGGCGGAAGUGUUGCCAUGCUCAUGAUUCUGCGGCCUUCAGACAAGCGGGACGAGCGCUGGGUCAUUCUCACCGAGCAGGCCCGUACCCCAGCCUGCUCAUUGCGCUUUAUCGAGAUCCCGGCCGGUAUGAUGGAUUCCAGCGACAACUUUGCUGGUGUCGCCGCGAGAGAGAUCGAGGAGGAGACAGGCCUCAAGAUCCCCAUGUCGGAGCUCAUCAACAUGACUGAACUCGCGCUCCAGGAUUCAGAGGGGGAUGCAGAAAAUCUGGCCAAGGCAAUGUAUCCUAGUCCUGGCGGGUGCGACGAGCAUAUCUCGCUCUUCCUCUGGGAAAAGGAGAUGGACCGAGUGCACAUCGAGGCUUUGAAAGGCAAAAUCACCGGCUUGCGACCGGCGGGUGAAGCCAUCACGCUUCGGUUAGAGAAGUAUACCGAUCUUUGGAAAGUGGGAGCGAGGGAUGCGAAGACGCUGGGUGCCUGGGCUCUGUACGAAGGACUUAGUAGUUCGGGCAUAUUGGACAAGGAAGAAAAACAGAGGGCAAAGAGGCAGCGCACCGGAAAAGGGCAGUCGCCAGUCGCUGCGUUGCUGGGCUCUUUCAAGAAGCGGCCUUUGUAG